CGGCCCUCAAGUUCACAACAGCAACAGCAGCAACCAGAGCAGCAGGCGCUCAGCAGCCCAGCCCUUCCCUCCCAGACUGCCCAAGAGGACCCACUUCUGGGUGGCCAGUGACUGUCCUGCCCCACAAUGGGGACCACAUUCAGAGCGGCCCUGGUCUUGGCCUGUUUGGCUGUCGCUUCUGCCGCCUCCGAGGGAGGCUUCGAGCCUCCAGAGAUGAGGGAGCUGAGACAGGAGCCCCUCGUCCAGCACCUUCAGGAAGUUGGCUAUGCGGCACCCCCAUCCCCACCCCUGACCAGAGGCCGCUCCAUGGAUCACUCUGGCACUUCCCAGCAUGGCCCUCCCUUUGAGGGGCAGAGUGAAGUGCAGCCCCCUCUGCCUCACAAAGGCGACCCUCUCCAAGAAGAGCUGCCUCCGCCCCAACUCCCCGUUGAACAGAAAGAGAAUCCUCCUCUCCCUCAGGAAGGUGACCCUCUCCAAGAAGAGCUGCCCCCUCCCCAGCUCCCCUUUAAACAGAAAGUGGCUCCCCCUCUGCCUCAGGAAGCCCAUCCCCUCCAAGAAGAACUGCCCCCUCCCCGAUUCCCGGUUGAACAGAAGGAAGUAGAUCCACCUGUUCUACAGCAGGAGGUCGUCGGAGACAGGCAGAGACUGGAAAAGCCAGUUCCCUUCAUGCGCCAAGGCCGUCCAGUGUCUGAGUCAUGGAAUUCAGCCCAGCAUUGCCAACAGGGCCGGUCCCGAGGGAGCUGGGGCCACCGGCUGGAUGGCUUCCCCCCAGGGCAGCCCUCUCCAGACAAUCUAAACCAGAUCUGCUUUCCUGACCGGCAGCAUGUAGUUUAUGGCCCCUGGAACCUGCCACAGACUGGCUACUCCCACCUCAGUCGCCAGGGCGAGACCCUCAAUUUGCUGGAGACUGGAUAUUCCCGUUGCUGCCGCUGCCGGUGCCAGGCGAACCGCCUAGACUGUGCCAAACUCGUGUGGGAGGAUGCAAUGACCCGGUUCUGUGAGGCUGAGUUCUCGGUCAAGACCCGACCCCACUGGUGCUGCAGACGGCAGGGGGAGGCUCGAUUCUCCUGCUUCCGGGAGGAAGCUCCCCGGCCACACUACCAGCUCCGGGCCUGUCCCAGCCACCUGCCUGGCAUUUCCUCGGGCCCCGAGGUGCCUUUUCCCCCUGGGGCACCCACACUGGACAAUGUCAAGAACAUCUGCCAGCUGAGACGUUUCCGUGCCGUGCCACGCAACCUCCCAGCUACUGACCCCAUCCAAAGGCAGCUGCAGACUCUGACCCAGCUGGAGGGGGAGUUCCAGCGCUGCUGCCGCCAGGGCCACAACCACACCUGUACAUGGAAGGCCUGGGAGGAGGCCCUGGAUGGAUACUGCGACCGGGAGCAGGCCGUGAAGACCCACCGGCAUUCGUGUUGCCGCCACCCUCCUAGCCCUGCCCGCGAUGAGUGCUUUGCCCGUCGAGCUCCCUACCCCAACUAUGACCGGGACAUCUUGACCCUUGACCUCAGCCGAGUCACCCCCAACCUCAUGAGCCAUCUCUGUGGAAACGGAAGAGUUCUGUCCAAGCAUAAACAGAUUCCUGGGCUGAUCCAGAACAUGACUGCUCUCUGCUGUGACCUGCCAUUCCCAGAGCAGGCCUGCUGUGCUGAGGAGGAAAAAUUAGCCUUCAUUGAUGAACUGUGUGGGCCCCGGCGGAACUUCUGGCGAGACCCUGCUCUGUGCUGUGACCUGAGUCCUGGGGAUGAACAGACCAACUGCUUCAACACCAACUAUCUGAGGAACGUGGCUCUAGUGGCUGGAGACAAUGCCAGGGGCCAGGGGCAGCAGAGCCCAACAGAGGGAACAAAUGCCAGCCCCACCUCUGAGCCCCAGGAAGAAUGAGUCACCCCAGAGCCUUGAAGGAUCAGAUGGGGGGACUCCACCCUACCCCACCCUCCUCGAACACUCAUCACAGUAAACACCUCUGGGAUUUGGCGUGCUCGUUCUAUGUAACACCGCACACACAAACACACCCUCCUCAGCCUGCUUGGAUUUCCUUCAUGAGGAUGCCUGAGGCCCACGGCCCUGUCUCCUCCUGAGCAGAAGAUGUUUCACAGGUUGUGUGAUGGGACUAUAACUAAACGGAGUGACUUCACUAUUUGUCGUCUUGAAUUUAUUCAAGUAUUUAAAAAGGAGCACUACCAGGGCCAGCCGGUGGCAUGGUGGGUAAGGGGCUGGACUCCCACAUGGCCUCCUGCAGUUCGCCCA